AUGAACACAAAUAUCACUGCUGGACUUGCCAACUGGCGAGCAGAGGAGGGAUCCACGAAAGAUGGACCUCGCCAUGCAGUGAACGCCGGCAACAAGUUCAACUCUCGGGAUCUUUCCAGGGUAUGGAGUGAGACUGAUAGCGACGAUUACAGUCGCUACGAGGAAAAGAGCAAUCCCACGGCUUGUACGCCAUCAGAACCCGCUGCUGCCAGGGGCAUAUCGAGCAAUACCAGGAACGGAACUACGACUCCAUCCGGAAGCAACAGGCAUCAUACAGAGGCGAAGCCGCAAUUUCCACGUCAGCAACUAGCCCACCAACCACACCUCAAGAACCCAGCCCAGCUAUCGCCGCUGUCUCGCGGCACGUCCAGUUUUGAGAGGCAGCUAGCCGGCGAGCAAAAGACACCGACCACAGGAAUCGCCAAGAGCUGGAACCGCCAGACGAGAGCGCCCAUCUUCCCCGGAGCAAGCAGCAGCACCAGCCAAGGCGGCCUGCGCCCAGACAACAAGCCACACGACGUCAACUACCUCUUCAACAUGAUCAGCGACCACGCAAGGCCCGCCUCGGCCCGCCACGGUCCGGACUUCCCGACCUACAUCAGGAAGCUGGAGGACCUCAUCAUCCGCCUGCGCAUGAAGAAAGAAACCUUGAAGGGGGUAUACAUACGCACAUACAACAUCGACGAGCGGGCCAGCAUCAAACCGCGGCUCGACAGGCUCGUCAAGGAGCUCGAGUGCAUGGAGGUGGAGCUGGCCAGCGUCCGCAAGGCCUACCAAGCCGCCGAGGAGAUUGCUUCCUCGAUCCAGAAGGCAGUGGACAGGGCGGUCGCCCAGGCCCUGGCGGACGCUUUUGCAGACAAGCAGCAGCGGAACGCCCACUUGCAGCGGCGCGCUGCCAAGGAACAGCAGAAGCGAGGACGUGAUGGGGCCGACACCAGCGUCCGCGACUCGUGGACCAACGCCGGAAAUGCCAGGCUGUAUCCGCCUCGGGCCAGCCUAGCGCCGAAGCCCAACGCGGCAUGGCUUGCGAUGAUUCCGGAGGAGGUUGAUUCGGGCCGACGACAGGCGCAGGACCCAGUUGGCGAGCACGAGCCCAGUAAGGAGCCAGAGCAGGCCCCGGACCCAGUGGUUUUGAGAAAGCCCCGUCGACGUUCUUCGCUCGAUUGGGCCCGCGGCAAGGUUACGAACAUCUUCCAUCGGUAA